CUUUAAAAUUAAAAUUUUGUUGAGCCGUUUCAAAGACUUUUUCGUUUUCUUUCGCUUUCCGUGAUAAAUAUCAAUAUUCACAACAUGAGUUUUCUCUGGUCCUUUGGUUCCAAGAAGGAACCAGCUGUACCUGCGUCACCGUUAGCACCUUCCCAAUCCACGUUCAAAACUAUGAGCAACACCUUUAAAAAAGGUGUACAAUAUAACAUGAAAAUUGUUUUGAGAGGUGACGUUAUGACUGGAAAAUCAAAUUUAUUCCAAAGGCUACAAGGUCUGGAGUUUGACGAAAAUUACACAUCUACUCCACAAAUCGAAGUAACCAACAUUCCGUGGAAUUAUAAAGACUCACCUGAUAUUGUAAAGAUUGAAGUGUGGGAUGUGGUUGACAAAGCUCAUAAUAGUAACAGCAAUAAAUCGAGAGAAGCUCAAGGUAUAAAACUUGAACAUAACGUCUCAACAUCGUCUCAGCAAGAUCAACAGGCUCCAUCUCCUCCUUCCAAAGACGAUGGAAAGAAUUUAGAAGACAGUAUGGAAAAUGGGAAUGCAAUGGGAUUGGAUGCAGCUACAGUGAAUGUUUAUAGAAAUACACAAGGCGUCAUUCUCUUAUUUGAUACAACCAAGCCUUGGACUUUUGAUUAUGUGAACAAGGAACUAGAAAAUGUACCAGAGAACAUAUGUGUAUUAGUUCUUGGCAACUUUUGUGAUAAAGUUGAGGAACGUAAAGUCGAAACAUCAACUAUUCAUGCCGCUUUAUACAAACAUAAUCAGAAAAGAAUUCAAAAAGGAACUAUUAAGCCCAAUUUAAUUCGAUAUGCUGAGACAAGCAUGAAAACAGGUUUAGGCUUACAAUAUAUUCAUGAAUAUCUCGGUGUACCUUAUCUGCAAUUAGUGAUUGAGACUUUGAAUAAGCAACUUGAAUUAAAAGCCAUCGAAAUUGUUGAUGUAUUAGAAAAUCUAGACACGAAUGAAGAUGUGCCUGAAUUAAUGCAUAGAAGACGAGGGCAGGAUAAUUUUGUACAACCCUCAGAUGAUAACACAAUACUAUCACAGCAUGAUGAGUUAAAAGCGGAUUGGGAUGAAGAGAUGGAAGCUAUUGCUGCAGAUCAUCCUAGUGCUUUAGAAUCAUUCCAUCGUCGACAAACACCGCCUAUACCGACCGAACCUGUAAAAUCGCACGAGCUGGACAGUGUAGCACUGCAAACAGAAGAUAUCCCAUCUGUGGCGGUAGAAGGAGAUGAUAAGAUUGCCGAUGAUUGGUUUAAUGAGGAAAGCAAUAUUACAGAAACAGUAGCUGCACCCAAGGAUAUAGCAAAUGAUGACGAUGAUGAAGACAAUGAAUCGGGUAACCCUAUGGUACAAACUGAUGAAGAUGUUGAAGCAAUGAUCUAUGACAACACGGCAAGCAUUGAAAACGAAAAUAAGAAUGAUAUCGAAGGACACGAGGAAAGUGAAAAGGAGCAUACUCUGAAACCUCACGAUGAAAGGCUGGAGGAAGAGGAAGAAAAAGUAGAAGAAAAGACACCUUCUCCAACGUAUCACUCACCAUUCUUCAAAAGUGAGUUAAACGAUGUUUGGGGCAACCCCAGAAGUGAACUGAGAAGAGUGUCCAAUACGGAAAUUGCUUCAGAUAGUGACGAUGAAGAUAAUAGAAUAGAUACUACCACUUCUGCUGAUAUCGAAGAAUCCUCUGCUUCUUCUCCUGCCGCAUUUGUUAAUUAUGGAUAUGAAGAGAUUGGCGGGUCCAAUGAAGAAAAUCCAUGGUCUACUGGUAAGCAAUACGAGCGCGAAGAAGAGGAGUACCCAUUGGAAGGGACAGAGCCGGUCGUUGCAGAAGAGCAAAACGAAGGAGAGCAAAAAGAUAAUGAAACCAAAGAGACAUCAUCAUCAUUAAACGUAGGCGAACAACAACAAGAUAAUGCAGACAAAGAAAAAGACAGUGCAGAAAUUCGAGAACUGCAACCUACUAAAAAGACAAGUAAUAAUAAUAAUAGCAGAAAGAAAAAGUCUGGUAAAAAGAAUAGAAAGCGAAGAAAUUAAGCAUGAAAACAUAUAUUUGCAUUUUACAUUUUCCUCAUCGCAUUUCAAAGAAUAAACAAACACUUUGCCAUCUUGUCGAUAAGAAGGAAUAUUGAGUUU